CGCAGGCACCUUGGCCGCAGCGCAUCCCAACACUGUGCCCAGUCGGAGUCCAGUGCUCGCCCCGAACGCACCGAGGAACAACCUUUCGCUUAGCGCACGCUACCAACACACAACACACAAGCCAUGGCUAACCGCGGACCCGCCUACGGACUCAGCGCCCAAGUCCAGAACAAGAUCGCUGGCAAGCGUGACCCAGCUCUGGAGGAGAGCAUCAUGCAGUGGAUGAGCGCCAUCCUUGGUCAGCCCCUGCCCAACGGUGACUUCGGAGACAUCCUCCGCGACGGCGUUGUCCUCUGCAACCUGAUGAACAAGCUGAUGCCCGGUUGCAUCCCCAAGAUCAACACCUCCGGCGGACAGUUCAAGCUUAUGGAGAACAUCACCCACUUCCAGAACGCCGCCAAGGCCUGGGGCGUGCCCGAAAUCGACGUCUUCCAGACCGUUGACCUGUGGGAGAAGAGGAACAUCCCCCAGGUUGCACAGUGCCUGAUGGCCGUUGGCCGCGCUUGCUACAUGCACCCCGAGUACCGGGGACCCUGCCUCGGACCCAAGCCCGCCGAGGAGCAGAAGCGCGAAUGGACGCAGGAGCAGCUGCGUGCCGGCGAAGGCAUCAUCAACCUGCAGUACGGCUCCAACAAGGGCGCCACCCAGAGCGGCCAGAACUUCGGCAACACCCGGCACAUGGCACGCUCUCGGGCGCUUGCAGCGGCAUCCGCCGCCACCGCGGUAGCCUCCGGGGGUUUCAGGAGCCCUGGACGGCGGUGGGUCUUAGUCGUGGUCUGCCCCGGCUCUUCACUGCCGUCACCGUCUACCCACCACUGUGGUCAAUUGCCCCUCGCGCUUUCCUUGCCUCGGCUGCUGCUGCUGCUGCUGCCCAGUGUGGUCGUCAUGGCUUACCGAGGUCCGGCGUACGGUCUUAGCGCGCAGAUCGCAAGCAAGAUUGCAUCGAAGCGCGAUCCCGAACUGGAAUCUCAGAUCUUGGACUGGAUCGAAGAGGUGCUUGAACAGCGGCUACCCCAGGCACCAUACGAAGAAGUGCUUCGGGAUGGCGUCGUACUAUGCAAGCUUAUGAACGCCCUGAACCCGGGCAGCAUUCCAAAGAUCAACACCACUGGCGGCCAGUUCAAGAAGAUGGAGAACAUCGUGAUGUUCCAGAAUGCGGCCAAGAACUGGGGCGUGCCUGAUGUCGACGUCUUCCAGACUGUUGACCUCUGGGAGCGGAGGAACAUCCCGCAGGUCUCGCAGUGCAUUCUAGCACUGGGACGAGCGUGCUACCUGCAUCCGGAGUACCAGGGACCUUGCCUGGGACCCAAGCCGGCCGAGGAGAACAAAAGGCACUUCAGCGAACAGCAGCUGAGGGCAGGAGAAGGCAUCAUCAACCUCCAGUACGGCACAAACAAGGGCGCCAACGCAAGCGGCAUCAACUUCGGCAACACGAGACACAUGUAACGCCGCUCCCGCGACAUCGAAGAAAGAGGAAGAUCGUCGCACUUUCUUUCACUCAGCAGUUCGCCUCGACUUUACAGAAACGGGCGAUUGCAUCGGCGUUCACCAUAGCCUGUUUUCGCUCUGUCGUAUAACGAUGUCAUCGCAACCCAAUUAUUGACCGAUCGCAGGCCACCAAGUGAUCAGAAGCACGUUCAUAAUGUUCAACGUGCCGUACAAAAUUUAUUACUGAGUAACGUCUCACUCAAGUGUAGGCGCGUGGGGUAAAAUCGGUGACUUUCGAGGAACUGAGAAAGAAACGAACACAAAUAGUCUCUUUUUUCUUUUCUUCUACUAUCGUGAAACGUAACCAAAUGUAGCCAAAGACUUCAUCAUACUUCAUAUGAGUGCAGUGCAGAAAAUAAUAUUGAAAAAAGCGGCACUAACAUACGCAAAUGUAGCUCGAAAUAAAGGUGGCUCAUUGUAACGACA